GCCUAAACUUCUCUGGGGAAGGAGGGAGAAUUCGCUGCCCAGCUGCCUUUGGGGAAGAAAUACUUCAUGUUUUGAAGAAUCCUCGGAGUAGAGCACUGGCGGAUUGCUGAAUAUUUUUGUGGUUUCCCUGCCAUUCCUGUUUCAAGGGACUGGCCCUCGCUUUGGAUGAAAGGAUGUUCGCCAUCGUUGCCAAGGUGGUGUGCAGCUUCCUCUUCUGGUUGUUCUUCUACAUUGCCCUCAGGUCCCGGAACAAGAACCGCACUCCAGAAUGGGGCGUCAGGUUGAUCACGCUGAUGCAUGGUCUGAUCAUCACCUUCCUUUCAGGCUACAUCACUUUCAUCGAUGGACCUUGGCCUUUGACUCAUCCAGGCCAUCCGAAUACGCCUCUACAGAUCACCGUGCUGUGUCUGUCGCUGGGCUACUUCUUCUUUGACUUUGGCUGGUGCACCUAUUUCAACAGCGAAGACGAACUGAUGAUCUAUCACCACAUCCUGUGCAUCUUCGGCAUGGGUGGCGUGCUGGUAAUGGGUGUCUCGGGCAGUGAGAUCAACGCCCUCAUCUUUUUGGCUGAGAUCACCAACCCGCUGCUCCAGAUCCGCUGGUUCCUCCGGGACAUGGGGCACUACGAGGGCAUCGCUGGGGAGGUGGUGGACGGCCUCUUUGUGUUCCUUUUCCUGGGGCUGCGGCUUGGCGGUGGCGUCUGGAUUGUGCAUGCGGUCCUGACUUCCCCCAAGCCAAACUGGGAGGUCAAGGCCGGCGUUCUACUCAUGUACUUUGUGUCUAUAGUAUUUGCAUGGGACAUCCUCAAGUUUGUCAAGAGGAAAUUGAUGAAGAAAUACGAAGCCUGCAGGAAGGAAAGGACUGAGCGGGAACGCACCAAGAGUAAUGGACACCAAAGCAACCAUUAUACCCAACCUACCAAUGGAGUCCUCUGAUAUCCUUCCAGAGAAGAGGCAUCAUCAGGACUUGGCCACUUGUUUUGAACAAGGGGUGGGGAUUCUUCGUGAGGGAAGCCCACCAAAGGGCCUACCAGAAGACUGGAAGAAGGUUUCAGGGGGAAACCAAGCUGUCCAUAAACCCAACAGAAGAAGAGGUGGCCAUGGCACCCUUGUUGUGCAAAUCCUGUUGAGCAGGCCCAUUCAGUAGGUUUGGAGGCAAGGAUUUGCUUGGGGUGAAUUCCUCUAGGAACCAAGCAAGGACCAGAUGAAGGUGUGGCCCAGAUCAGAAAGUCAUUUCAGGUGAUUCCUGUAGCAGAGAUGAGCUUCUUCUCUGUUUGCUCGAUGAGGAAAUAAAGCCAUGUUCCUUGUAUUUAUGCCUGGCCAGCCCAGCCCUGAGGUCUAUAAUCAGCCAGCCACAGAUGUUAGAUCACUGUGGGCCCUGCUCCUAAAUGGGACCCCCUGAGGUUAAUGUUGGGGUCACAAAACAUUUAGCAACAGUAAAAACUUUCAGAAUGCCACCUAGACAUUUCCACGAAUCUCUCAGCAACAAUGUGCAGUGUUUACAGUGGACUCUUCAGAAAAUGCUUCAGCUGUACUUCAUAAAAAAGGAAAAUCAGCCUCUUUAGCAAGCCUUGCAAAUGCUGAUAUGUUAUCAAUAAAUGUUUGGUUUUUAUACCUAUUUAUAUAUCUAUAUAUCCAGGAUCAAAACAAAAAAAAAUCAGGGAUCACAAGUAGAUUUUUUAAAGAAGCCCUGUGUUAGAUAUCUCUAUUGUAUCUGAAGAUCGUAUCCUUCCACAGUGCUUAGCUAUAGAUCCUGGGAUUGCUGCUUCAAGAUUUCUGUACAUAGCAAUGGACAAGUAUGAUGAUGUUAUCUGAAAUUGAGACCCUGAAAAGUUGGGGCUCAGAUAAAUGACCUCUUGCUACCUCACUCAGCUGCAGAAGCAGGAAACGCCUCAAUAUGGGCUACCCUGCUCCUUUCCUACCCCCACAUAAUGGGCUCAUAGAACCAGAAUUUCCUCUUCAUCCAAGUCCCUAGACUCAGUACUGAGACUGGAAUGCAGAAUCUCUCAAAAGGCAUAUCACUCUCAUGGAAGUUUGAUGGAUUCCGCCCAGAGGCAUCCUAAGCCCAUCACCACAGGACUACUAUCUAUGUGAUCAAUGACCAUGGUUCCCUUUAGUGCCCAUUUCCCUUUCCAAAAAGCCCCCGCUUGCAGAAAGGGGGUUGGCGUGGAUGCAGAAACAGACUCGAGAUUUUUCCAAUAAAGCCUUUAUUAUAUUUCCUAAUACACAUUACACCAAUCACAGACUGCAAACAUGACCAAAAUAAAUGUACUAUGAACAAAAUAAGACCACAGUCUGUAAUUUGUACCAGUCAGAGCAAUGUCUGUAAAUAUAGGCACG